UAGUGGGCGGAGUCGUUUACCGUUCCGUUACACGGGUCCGUUUCUCACGGUUGUGUUCAGUGUAGCAGCUGAGAGGAUUUGAGGAAACUCACCCACUCACUCACCCUCCCGUGUUUAGGAUACUUAACUGUCCUGCCCGGUCUCCAGUCACCCGCUCGGGAGCAGAGAACCGUCCCGUCUUGAGAUGAUGCUGGGUCUCGGUCUGUUCGUGUCUCUGGUGGGUCUGACGGUGUCCGUUACCGGCCGCAAUGACGGAAACCCGCUGGACAAUGAUAAGUGGAUGAGCACCGUGUCCCAGUACGACAAAAGCAAAUACUGGAACAAAUUCCGCGACGACGAUUACUUCAGAACCUGGAACCCCAACAAAGCACAGGACCAAGAGAGCGAGUCGAACCCACGAUCAGAACUGAAACCUAAAUCACACUCACAUACCAAGAGCAGAACUACUGAUGGGCUGGACAGCACUAAAGACCCGUGUCUAAAGGUUCACUGCCCUCCUCACAAAGUGUGUGUGAGCCACGACUUCCAGACGGCCAUCUGCGCCAAUCAUAAACCAGCAAAGCACAGCAUUAAACCCAGGAAGGGAAAUCCCCCACAUAAGCGUUGGAUGGGAGCUGUGAAUCAUGGGAAAUGUAGGCCAUGUCCUGUAGUUCACUCCAGCUUUGUGUGCGGCUCAGACGGUCACACAUACUCCUCAAAGUGUAAACUUGAGUUCCAGGCCUGCAGCUCGAGCAAGAGCAUCUCUGUGAAAUGUGAGGGUCCGUGUCCCUGUCUGCCAGGACAGGAAGUCAUCAAACCACAUGCAGAGAAGAACGGCUGCAGCGAUGCUGAUUUGAAAAGUUUAGCAUCCAGACUCAAAGACUGGUUUGGGGUUUUGCACACGGACGCCAACAGAGACCUUAAGAGCACCACGAGUGACACUGCACAAGGACGUUUUGACACCAGCAUUUUGCCCAUCUGUAAAGAUUCUCUCGGGUGGAUGUUCAACAAGCUGGACAUGAAUUACGACCUUCUGCUCGACCAAUCAGAGCUCAGCGCCAUUUACCUUGACAAAUACGAGCUGUGCAUGCGGCCACUGUUCAACUCCUGCGACUCCUUCAAAGACGGAAAGCUGUCCAACAACGAGUGGUGCUACUGUUUCCAGAAACCUGACGGCAUGCCGUGUCAGAACGAGAUGAACAGGAUUCGUUCUCAGAGCCGGAGGAAGACUCUGAUUGGGGCGUAUGUGCCGCGCUGUUCUGAAGACGGGUAUUUUAAGGCCACUCAGUGUCAUGGCAGCAGCGGUCAGUGCUGGUGUGUCGACAAAUACGGCAAUGAGAUCGCAGGAUCCCGCAGACAGGGAAACCCUACCUGUGAGGAGGAUCAGGAGACUUCUGGAGAUUUCGGCGGCAGCGGCGGCGGCGGCGGCGCCGUGAUUCUACUGGAUGAUCAGGAGGAGGAGUCUCCACAGCGUGGGCGGGGUCGACAGAAAGAGAGGCGGGGUCGACUCCACCCCCGCGGGGCAAUCGAGGACGAUGAAGACGGAGAGGACGACGAGAUGGGCUACGUCUGGUAGCUCCGCCCACCCAUCUUCCGCUAAUUAACCAGGGACCCAUGUUAAAAUGCACAUUUCUGAAGCCAUUCCAGCUCCGCCCCCUCAGACACACCCCCUUCUUCUCAUUCUGGAUCUAAACUUGUCCUUCUCAUUCUCUCUUUCUCUCUUUCCUCAGCCGCCUCUUCAUGUUCUUUCCUCUGUUUUCCCUCGUUCAAACUCUCCUGGAUCGCUCUUGCGUAUUCUAGACCGGCUCUAGACGGUAGACGUGCAUGACGAGAUUGUUCAGCAUUUCGGGGCUUCAUACCAGUUUUCUUCAUAGGAUCUUUUUAAAAGGUUCAUUCUCAGUGGUGAUAUGCAUGAACACCACUGCUGAAUGCAGGAGACGACGUCUGAGACCUUCGAGGGCAAGGAUCAGGUGCGCUUAAGCCAAACGCACACUACAAGACCGAAGCUCAUCGCGCUUUCAUGUUUUAAAUCUGCCACAAGAGGCUGCGGAUCGUAGUGAACUUACAGCUUUAAUGUUGGUUCUGUGUGAGACACCCUACAACUACAAUACUAGUUCAAAUCUCAAAUCUGAGCAAAGAGCAACAAGGUAAUGAGAUUGCAUGAGAAAGAAAAUGGCGAAUUUCUCCCAAAGCACUGGCUCGUGCAUUUUUUGAUUUCUUUGAAUUUUUUGUUGCAUGCUAAAUCCGUGCAAAAAUGACCUGAAAGCCCUUGCUUUUGUGUGAGAAUGAGGAGAGUUUGUGCAGGAUGAUCUUGUAAUUAAUGCAUGUAGACUGUGAUUAGCUGAGCAUAAUGUGCACAAAAACAACAAUAAACGGUGUAAAUGCGCACAGAACAAUGAGCUUCAGUCGGGUUGUAUGUGCUUGGCUUUCUGCUGCUUUCACGUCAGUUCACAAUUACUGUAAUUAGAAGUAGCAAAUCUCAUGCAUGCGACUGUGAACUUCUAGAUGAACUCCAUUGCAAAAAGUGCUGCUCUCCCUCAGUAUUUUUGUCUUGUUUUAUAGCACAAGUUUUGUUUCAGUUGCCAAUAAAACAUUUAUAUUUGCUUAAUGUCAAUUUUCAAAAAUAAUAUCUUAUGGUUUUAUUAAUUCUUAUUUUUCAUUUUUACAUUUUAAAAUAAAUGUAUAAUUCAUAUUAUUUAUUUCGACCUAGCUUUUUAUUUUAGUACUUUUUUAAUUAAUUUCAGUUAGUUGUGGAGUCAGAAAAAUAAUCUUCAUUUUAAUGAACUUGUCUUCAAGAUUAUUUUUCUGACCCUAAUGGCUGACAUUUGUUCUUCUUUUAAGCAUAAACUCAAUUAAUUUAGCUAGAUAUGUCUAAAAACAAGACUCCAAGUGAGUUUCUGCUGAAAACAAGAACAAAUAUCUGCAAAUGGGGUCAGAAAAAUCAUCUUGUAUGUUUAUUUUUCUGACCCCAUUAGCAGAUAGUUGUUCUUGUUUUAAGCAUAAACUUCUAAACCGUUUCAAAUCUUAGCAUUAAAAUCUUACAAAACAAGACUUAAUGUGUCAUUUUGGAUUUGAAGUUCAUAUAAAUUAAUUUAAAGAUGUUAAUACUGGAAAACAAGAUAAAAAUACUGAGGAAGAACAGCACUUUUUGCAGUGUUUACUAGUGUGACAUCAUGUAAAACAACUGAAAUGACUAAAGUUAUUUGACUGCUUGCUUGAUAUGAUUUCAUUUUAUUGCAGUUUCGCCUGGAGCCUUUUCUUUGUUUUUCAAAACUUCUGAGCAUAAAUUCAUGUAUUUAGUUUCACGGAUGCCAUAGUGAGAAAUAGCAUCUGCGUCGAAGCGUGUGAACAGAAUCUGGUAAUUGCAGUAAUUGUGACGUGAUGUGAGCGCAGCCGUGAGCCUGAUAUUAUCGUUUGUUUGUUGUCUUCAGCUGAUGAUUUCAUUUCAGAGUCCCUCAUUCUGUUUUGUUCUGUUUUUCUUUCACCGUCUCGGAGUGUUUAAGUGGAUCGUGACCUUUGCGUCGGCUCUCUGUGUGAUCCGUUCGCUGGAGCUGGAGAGUUUGGGCUUGACAGAAUUCAGAAGUGAUCAAACGGCUCGUCAGCCUGACCUUUUCAAACCAUUAAAGAAAGCUUCUUCUCGCUGAAAAACAGAAGGCGAAUGAAACGGCGUGACGGCUGUCUGCAGAUGAAUUUGCCGUCGUUAGCGCAUCCGUGAGACUCCAGGCCCUGGAGUCACGUCCGCCUCGAAUCUUCAUCUCAUUCUGCAUUCAUCAUUCGAUCAAAAUAGAUGGAUAUGUCAAGCUUAAACCGUUUUAUAAGCACACGUGAGGUCUUCUGACAGGCAUCACAACCUCCACCUGCUGUUUUCUGCUUUUAAUUUGCAUACAGUUGUAAAUUUCACUUUUUUUUUUUUUUUUUAAUCUCCAUUGCUCAGCAUUCGUGCAAUUCCCCGCUCGGCUCCUUUCGAGAAGGAACUGGUGAUGCACCGCUGUUAGACCGGAUCGGAUGAACACAAACACUGCAGAAGAGUUUAGUGCUGAUAUCAGAUCACAGCAGCUUAGUUCUGUUCCUCUGACUAUAUUCACACACUCGUUUCUCAGCUCUCUGGCAUGUCUUUUCUCGCUCAUGUCAGCGGUGAGUACUCCGCAGAAGGAGACGUCUCGCUCAGUGAUCAUAGACACCACUGCAGAUGGAUUUUACCAGGCAUUUUGCACCCAGAGGGGAAGUUUCUGGGUGCUCCUGAGGGAUUAUGGGUAACAGAGGAACGAACUGAUGGGCUUAUGGCUUCCUAACACCUUUUUAUUCUAUUCUUUUUUCCUGUGUUCCCCACUGAACCUUUUCAUUCCCAUUUAAAUGGUGGUUUAGCUUGGAGUAGGAGAUACGUUUAAUAUAUUAAGAGCAGUGAAUAAUCAGGAAGAAAUCAUUUACUGAUGUUGUUCUAAACCUGUAUGAACAGGUUUUUGAAGAAAGUUUUCACUGCUUUUAUAUAUUACAGAGAAAGCUGACUAAACAAAAUAGCACACACGUAAAAUAAAUAAAUAAAUAAAACAUAAAAGCAUCAUACAGUCUUGAAAUGAAAGGUUCUUUAUUGACAUCAAAGGUUCCACAAAGAACAUCUAUUCCGCAAAAGGUUCUUUAUAGUGAAAAAAUGAAGAUAAAAUGGUUAUUUUAAGAACUUUUCUCCAAGAGGAAUUGCAUUUCUAUUGCGUUUAAGAAAUGCACUUCUAGAAUCUCAUUUGUAUUUUAUUGAAUGUGUUUACAACAUGAUAUAUAACAACAGACACUGUUAGUUUUCAUGUAACUGGAGAGAUUUGAGAGCUGUGGGAAGACUAAAUCUUUCAGGUUUGGAACAACACAAGGUUUCUGUUUCUUUAAGAUACCCUAAAACAGGGCUGCACGAGUUCAAAUAUUUAUGAAAUGUUAAAUACAGUAUUAAAUGAAUGCAAUAUUAAAUAAUAUUUCAGUGUAGAACAGUGAAUAGCAUAUUUAAGAAAAUAAUAUUAUUAAUAAUAUUAUAUUGUUAUAAAUAAUAUCAACUAUAAAAUUACGUUGCUGUUUAUGGAUUUCUUAUUUUGUUAGUUUUUACAAAUUAAAUCUCAAAGCUUUUAUUUUGGCAGGAAGAUGUUUUUUGAGCUGCUCACGUGUAAAUGAACACACCGUCACACUUCACUCUGAAACAUACAGCACGUUUAUAUUUUUAAUUCAAUCACAGCCUUUUUGAUUUAAACUAAGCCAUAUUGGGAUUUUGGUUAUAUUUUGUUCAAUCAUGCAGCCCUAUCCUGAAAUAUGAGCAUCAAGCUACAGGAAGUCCAUCCUUCUUUCACUCUCUCUCUCUCUCUCUGUGUUUAUUCUCACACAUUCUCAGAUGAAAUCAGUUGUUGUCAUGAUAAGCUGAGAGCAUCACACACACACACACACACACACACACACACACCCCGAUCUGAUCUCUGCAGAACUGCAUCAUGGACUUCUGAUGAUAACAAUGACCUUUGACCUUUGAGGUGACCUCUCCCCUCCUCUAGUGCUGCUGUGUUUCUGAUGCCUGGCCUGCAAUUGUAAACUUCCCCCGGCCCGUCCCGCCUCCGCCUGCUUCGCUCCUGUACUAAGGUGCAAGAAAAGCUUUGUCAAGAUGUUUUCACAUAUUUUACCGCAAACACACACACACACACACACACACACACAGGUGAUCUGACCGCUCACACCUGCAGCUACAGAUGAAACAGUUGAUGGCCAUAUUUGCAAGAGUUUCCUUUGUUAAUUCUCUAUAUUUUUUACUCUGUAAAGACAAUAAUUAAUGUGUAAAAAAGAAGAAAAAUGCUGAAUGUUCAACUGGAGAUGUAAUUAAUGACGUCAUGUGGCUUCGUCCGUUUGCCUUGCCUGAGUCUGGAUGUGUAAAAACCCUCCUGUGGUCCUGAGUUCAGUGUACAGACCCCCGUGUCUCUCUCUCUCUCUCUCUCUCUCUCUCUCUCUCUCUCUCUCUCCACCGUCACAGUGCCGCUGUUCGCACCGGAUUCACUCUUCAAUCUGAGCCAGUGUGGGUUUUUAACAGCCCAAACCGAUAGCUACUGUAGAUGGCUGAUCAGAUUUAAUGACUGAGAAUGAGGUGCAAUUCAAUUAUUGAAAUGAAACAUUCUAAACUCUUAAAAAUAAAGUUCUAUAUUGGCAUUUGAUGGUUCAGUGGAGAACCUUUAACGUCUAUGAAAGGUUCCAUGGAUGUUAAAGGUUUUUCAAAAGAAGAUUUACUUAAAGGUGCUUUGAGAAACCAAAAAUUGUUCUUCUGUGGCUUCGCUGUGAAACCGCCCUUUGAGAUCUUUAUUUUUAAGAGUGUAUUUUAUACAUUAUGUGCUCAAAAAUCACUAAACUACGAAACAGGAGAGUUUUGAGUUCAGUGCCCGUGGUCCGUGAUCUCAGAAAUGGCCAGUUCUGGGUCAGAUCUGAAAAGUGAGCCCGAGUAACAUCAGACGUGGCCGAAUGCCGGCACCACUUCGGUGAUUUCUCUCUGUUCUGGUGUUUUCCCGUCAUUUCCCCUCCUGAUCGAGAGUCCCAGUGGAAUGUUCUUGUUCUGGGCUGAUUUGUUUGCUCUGUUUGGUUUGUUUGGUUUCUCUCUCUUUCUUUCUCUCUUUCUUUCUCUUCCUUUUUAUUUUUAGUUUUAGCUGUAAAAUGGUUCCUUGAGAAAUUGUUUGUCUGAAUAAAACUGGAGUUUGUCCUCGUC